CACAGCCUCCGGGGCCGGGGAGCUGGGGCGGGGGGCCGGGGGGACAGGGGUGGGGACCGGGGAGGCGCCGGCAGCCGCAGCCCCCGGGAACCCGCCCGCGCUACGCCCGGCGGCCGCAGCACCAGCCCGACCGAUGCGGCAAGAGCAGGAGGCCCCGCGAGAGCGCCGGGGACAUCCAGGGGGGCGGCGGGGCAGGGGCCGGCCGAGGGGGUGGGGGGCCGGGGAGGUUCCCCCGGGCGGGGGAGCGCGGAGGGACGCGGGCGGGGGGUGGGGAGCGGCGUCUCUGCCCUUGUCCCCGCGGGCUCCCGGGGCGCCGGCUCCGCCGCCCUCUCCUGCCGCGCGUUCUGCCCCCGCUGCGGGGAGCGGCGGGGCGGCCGCGGCGGGCUCUCCCCCUCUUACACUCGCACUCACGCCUCGCCCUCUCGCUCACACACGCUCACACUCACUCACUCACUCUCUCUCCCAUACACUCAAACAGAAAGGCAGCGCCGCACAACAGCCGGUACCUCCUCAGAGAGAGGAGGAGGGAGGGAGCCCGCGGAACACGGCCACAGCUGUCGCAAAAACGUCGCGAAGGCUCGGGCUGCCUCCGGGCCUCCCUGCGGCCGGCUCCGCGGCGCCCGGCCGGCCCCGCCGGGGCCCGCACCUCGAGGACUCGGGGGAGGAAGCAGGGUGGCCGCGGCCCGAAGCUGCCGCCCGACGCACCACGUGGAUUGUCCUGACGGCGGCCAGCGAGCCAGACUACAAUGCCCAGAAUGCACAGGCCGUCGCCGUUGCCGCCCCUUCUACGGCUCCACCCCCCGCAGCGGUCGUGCGGGAGCGUUGCAUCAUGGGAUUCGUAGUCCAACGAGAGGUAUUGACUCAUCGAUCUUGAGAAACCAAACCACGACAAUGAAGGAAGCAUGGGAUUGGACUUGGCUCUACGCUGUGGGUGCCCCCACCCAUCUCCUGCAUCGAUUGCUUUCAUACGCUUGUCCAAACACUGACGGUCCCAGACUUCUUAAAAUGUACUUCUGACAACUGUUUUGACUCGAUCCACCCUAUGGAUGAAGAGACUGAAUUUUUUUUAAAUAAAAAUUGUAUAGUUUUAAGAUGUACAACACAGUGAAAUGAUUACUGUAGUCAAGCUCAUUGACAGCAUUCUUACUAUCAGUAAUCGUGCAGCGGAAAAGGAAGCCAGCUUGGGACUCGAGCAGAGAAAGGCCUGCUUCUCUCUCCAAAGCUAGGGUGAAAGUUAGGGGUCCAGACUGAACUCCAGGUUGGAAGAAGAUGGUGAUGUGAGGUAAGCAGACCCCCUGAAGGCAGCAUCAGGCUGGAGAGCUAAGGAAGAGACAGACACUAGUGCCUUUUUUGGGGAGGUUGGCUAAUGUGUUAGGAGCAGUAACAUCUAAUAUCCAGUUUUAGGUUUUUCCUUUCUAUGUGGUAUUUCCCUUCUAUUAUCACCAGUCUAUCCAGCCAGGCCUUACUCCCGUCCGUGCUUGGAGGAAAGGAAAGGGCAGCGGCCUGAGACUCCAUUAUGAAAAAUAGGAAGUGACCAAAGCAAUGAGCUAGGAAGAACCUGGCACAUGUUAGGAUUCCAGAAACUUGUAAGAAUACAAUCUGUUUUUAGAAUGGAUUUCUUGUGGAUCAAAGGAUGAGGGUUCGUACUUAAUUGUCACUUAACUGAAUUGAACAUAUCAAGAGCAUGGAGCUGUUGUUUCCAUUUCAUUUUCAAUUUCAGGUUACACUGAUAUCACACGUCUCCAGACUGUCACUGGAGGUCAUGAUGUAGCAGAGUCUAUGACCUUCAUUGGUCCAUGUUCCAAACAAUGUGCAAAUAAUGCUCAUGCUUUCCAUAAAUGUGGUUUUAUUUACAUCCUAAAUUUAACAUCUCUUGUCUUAACACGUCUCCCCCCUACACCAGCCCCACAUUUCAGCUGCCUCCUGUUCAGCCUGGGGGGAUAUUCUGCUGUCAUCUCAAACUUAAAAUGUCUGAAAAUGAUCAUACUGUGCCCUGAACCUCCCAACUGCAGUGAACAUCAAUGCCAGUAGACAGACAUUCUGUUGUGUUACUGCCAAUGCUACGAGUUCAGGCCUUCAUUAGCUGCACAUUGUCCUUGGUACUGAUGCCAAAUGUGCCUUUGUCUGGCCUGUUCUCAAAGGCUGGAUGCUUCCUCAUACCAUCUCUGACCUCUGCAGCCCUACCCAUCCUCCAAGGCACAGCUUAGUCAUGAAACUUUCCCUGGUCCUUACACCUGAAAAUAACCUUUUGUUGUCAUUGUUGUUUGGGUUCGGUUUGGUUUUUGUUUUGUCUUUCCGUCAACUCCUGCCCUACCCCUGGCACCAUUAUACUCUAUUUGUAACUCGGGUAGAAACAC